ACAGCCCGUCGGGUUGGUCUCAAUAGUUUCCGUUAUAUUUUUGGAAAGAUGUUGAGGCUCGCCCUUGGGUAGUUCUAGAGAGAAAGAAAAAACACGUAAAUUAGAAAAAGCUGAUGUAAGCAAAAUAAAAAAAAUGUAGAAAAAAAGGACAGUAGAAAAAAAGUUUAAACCCAGAAUGAGUAAUCAUUCGUAGGGAGCUGCAGACAAUGGCUAUAAGGGAACUUAAAAUCUGUCUUCUCGGGGAUACGGGAGUCGGGAAGUCCAGUAUUGUUUGCCGUUUUGUACAGGAUCAAUUUGAUCACAACAUAAGCCCAACGAUAGGAGCAUCUUUUUUAACCAAGACUGUUCCCUGUGGAAAUGAGCUUCACAAAUUCCUCAUUUGGGACACAGCAGGCCAGGAGAGGUUUCACUCAUUAGCCCCGAUGUACUACAGAGGCUCUGCAGCUGCAGUUGUUGUGUAUGACAUCACCAAGCUGGAUUCCUUUCAGACACUGAAAAAGUGGGUGAAAGAGCUGAAAGAAUAUGGCCCAGAAGACAUUGUUGUGGCUAUAGCAGGGAACAAGACUGACUUGGGUGAUAUCAGGGAAGUCCCUAUGAAGGAAGCAAAGGAAUUUGCUGAGUCCAUUGCGGCCAUUUUCAUUGAAACCAGUGCAAAAAGUGCCAUAAAUGUGGAAGAACUUUUCAAGAAAAUCAGUCGGCAGAUCCCACCAUUAGACCCCCAAGACGUAGAAAGCAAUGACUCCUUUAAGCUGAGCCGGCAGCCGUUGCCUCUAAAUAGGCGCUGUUGCUAGUGGGAAAUGUGACAGCAGGAACAAACAGUACGGAAUCGCAAGUUAACCACGAUCAUACUGGAUACACUUUGUGUGCUUGCUGUCCGGGCCUUGCUGAGUCAGGGCUGACCCAUCACGUCAGGGUUGUAAUUUAUGUUGCCACAUCAGGAUGUGGUUAUGUGUAGUAGUUUGUAGAACUAAGCUUGCUAUUUUCUUGCUACCUUGCUCAGAGGGUUGAAAGUACAAAAAAUAUAGUUAGUCCAACCCAGGACAAAUAUAAUCACAGUGUGUCCUUUUAUUUCGACUUAAUUCUGUUAUUUCACAGGUAGUUUCAGUUAGUUUUGUUUCAGCUAGUUUUAUUAUCUGUUAGAGAUUGUGUAUUGAAAAAUCUAAAUCAAGUCAAAGCACACCUUGAAGCAUUCCAUCUUUGGUACUUAUUUGCAAAUAGGUAUCUUUUUCUGUGAACUGCCCCGAUGUGUUGAGCAGGAUUUUGCACUGGCACUAGUUUGUAUGCUUUAGCCUGUGUUCUGCACUGACAAAAGUUAAAGCUCAUUGGACAAUUUCAGAUUACAUGCAUUGAACUGGCACAGGUUUCAGACAGCGGCAGUUAAGUGCCCUAGAGUACCUAUGAAAGUCUUUCAGUUUACAAAUGCAGAAAAGGUUGGGGUGUUAUCAUAUUCCACACACUCAGUUGUCAGGAGGAUGUUGCCUGAAAAUAAUGUUUAUAAUUUAAUUAUGAAUUGAAUGUAGAAAUUCAUUGUUGAACUUUGUAAUGUUUUUUUUAUAUCCAGGUACAGAAUUAUCUAGAAUGACUUAGUGAAUGCUUUUGAUUCUUUUUUUUUGUCAUCAGUAUUUCUGUAAUCUUUAGAUAAUAUACAGGUUAAUGUUUACUCUGUCCUCUGCUUGCAUCCCCUUUCAUUCAUAAACUAUAUGGAUCAUUCGAGUUCCAUGCUGGUAGCUGGUAGACAAAGACACACAAUAGAUACACUGUAACCUGUAUUUACUCUUAUGUUGGCUACCAUUUCUGAUUUACUACACCUUGAAAAAGGAGAAUGGGGCCAAUUAAACAUGAGUAGAAUCUCUUUUUGCAGAGCUUUAGUUGUGAUAUAUAAAAAAUAUCCAAUUUACUUACUGGUCACCUCUUGUCUGUCUGCUAUGGUGAUUGGUGUGUGGAUGGUCCAUUUACUAUUCUUAUUAUUUAAAUCACAAAAUCACAUUUCAAAGGUGGUGAAAAGCCUAGAAAAUGUACUAGUACAAGUGUUCAAAUGUGAUGUGCAGAAUAUCACAUUUAAGCCUGGUAAAUUGAGGAAGAAAUGUUCAAGAACACAGAAGCUAUGCACAGGCAUUUGAAAAUUAGUCCAUAUGUCUGUUAACAUACAUUGUUUGAUAACUGGUCACGUGACAUUGCUGUACAACAAUGAUGCCGACUGCUGAAAGUCAGUGCUAUGUAUAUAGACAGUGCUGGAGUAGAUAGUCCCACAAAUACUGAUCCAGAAUCAGCUAAUUAAUGUAUCCUUGUCAAUUGUACACAAAAUCUGAAUAUGAUCUUGGCUCAGUAUUCGAUCACCAUAUGGUGUUACAUUUCUGAUGAAAAUGAGACUGCCUACAUACACAGACAUUGUGUGGACACAACGGUACUAAUUAAGUGGUUUGUCAUCUGAAAAUAUAAACAAUUUCACCCCUACAUCUUGUUUUGUCAAUGAAUUUUUUAUGGAGCCCUUCUAAUGCCACACUUUCCAUUUUUGUUGUUUGUGGUUGGCAUCAGUGGAUUUCAGCAAUAUGGCAAGAUUUGCACAAAAUGUACUCUUUCUGAUUAGUAUCUUAUGGUACAAAUGUGCAUGUGUCAAUCAAAUUAAGUUAAUGUGCAAUGAAUGUUUGGUGUGCUUGACUGUCUCUAAUGAUGUCUAUAGUUUGUGCUGACAUGGUUAACAUUUUACAUCUGUUAAUGUGGUAUUAAACAUUAUUUCUAUGCAGUAGUGCGUAUCUUUGUUCAUUGUGUGUUCUCAAAUAGAUUGGUGUUAACACCAAUAACAAUACAACAUAAUAACAGAAUUCUUGUCAAAUCUGUUAUUUAUAUACUGUUAUAUAUAAGAAAUAAAAUGUAUUUUUAAGGUAA